AUGUCUACUGUAGAAGAGUCCUUCAGGCCUAAGGGUGGAGACUAUCCAAGAUCAAUACAAUCAGCCGCCUCAAGCGUGUCAACUAUGAGACCCAAGUCUUCCACACGACGAUCUUCUAAGAGCUCGGCAGCCUCAAGCGUGUCAAAUCCGAGAUCCAAAUCGUCCACACACCGAUCUUCUAAAAGUACAACUUCGCGCAGACAACUUACGCCUCAGGAUCCGAAGACUCAAACUAGCAAUACACUUGUGGAUGACUAUAACAGAAAAAGACGACCAGGCGCUGCAAGCACGUAUGGACAAUCCAGCAGUGGAUCUGUAGCUUCAAGUAAGCCAAGCCGACUAACGAGACUUUUAAAUGGAUUUUCCAACGGCAAUAAGGGUUCGAGUAGCCAGCACAGCUCCCCCAGAUCAGCACGUUCCAGCUCUAAAGCUCCUGCCUCUGUACAUGCGUCCGAAUGCGGACCCGUGGCUCCCAGUUUUGCGCGUCUACAAAGAUUAUCAGCCGCUUCCAAAUACCCGAUUGAUCAAAACGCCCACAUAGAAUCAUGGCGUCAAGCUGUAAUUUCGGAUGAACAUGAACAACAAGCUUUGGUGCCAUUUGAGCAACCGAGAAAUUCGGCAUCUACAAUCAAACAUCCAAAGCCCGAUACCCGUUUAGUUUUAUUUAAGCCACCUGCAAAAGCUGCAUCCUGCAGCGCUCUAGUUUCGCAACAAUCUUCAUCCGCCCCGCUCCGCGACGAUCAUGCAGCUCGAGUCGCACGUAAAUACCACGCCAAAUCGAGAUCGGAAUAUAGUCAAUCGAGCUCCGGCAGGUCAUCUGGAAGUUCUCGUGCUACGAGUAUAGAUGGAAAUCGCAGUGAGAGGCAAGAACGACCGCGACUAAGACAAUCUUCUCAUAGGUCCAACAUUCGAACUCAACGUCCACCUCCCCCUCCACCUCCCCCUCCACCUCCACAUCUGCCUCCACAUCUGCCUCCACAUCCGUCUCCACAUCCGCCUCCACAAUUUCAAGGUCCUCGGGCUCCGGUUCAAGCUCCACCAGAACCGACAUCUGCUCAAAGAUAUACACAGGAACUGCCACCAUUCCCCCGACCAGAACUACAUUAUGAAUCUCGCAUACCACAAUCUCACACAGAGCAUCUACAGAGACCACCGCCUUCUUGGUCUUGCCCACCACCAACGUAUCUCCCGUACACAAUCCUUUAUUCUCCAGAAGAUGAAAUUGCAGAAUUUGAAAGAGAGAAAUUACUUACAAUGCAAAGGCUUGUCGAAGUUAAUGAGAGACUUCAUGUGGAAAUGGAGAGACACAACGAUAAUGUAGAUGCUAUGCUUUAUCAACCCCCUGUGCACCAUCCUCUAUGUUCGUUUCUUCCAACCUGUAACAUUUAG